UAAGUCUUAAUUUGCACUUGCCUUUGAAAUAUUUUUGUUGUUCCCAAGUAUAGUGAAGUCUAAAUGAACAUAACAUGUCCAGAAGUGGUGGGCGGCGAAAGCUGGCGCGGUGUCGCCCGCUCGCCGUCCCGGGAGUCUGUCACCACGGACCUGUCGCUCUUCAGCGUCUCCAGCGCGGCCAGCGACGCGAGGGCUCUAAGACUACUCGCCUGCAAGGCUGGACAGGGUCCCGACCCGAACCUGCGAGUGGCCAGCCCACAUCCCGAGAGCAAGUUACAAAAACGGCCAUCGUCAGGCCUCCCGCUGCAGACGGCGGACGCCUGUAAGUCGCUGCUGGCGGGCUGCGCGGCGCUGUGCGCCGCCCUGGGGCUCCGGCGCUCGCUCAGCGCCGACGACGUCACCGCCGACAAGCCGCGCCCGCCGCGCAGGUACCGUACCUACACGAACAUGUCCGUACAGACGGCCGGCAGGCUCCCGCUGCAGACGGCGGAAGCCUGCAAGUCGCUGCUGGCGGGCUGCGCGGCGCUGUGCGCCGCCCUGGGGCUCCGGCGCUCGCUCAGCGCCGACGACGUCACCGCCGACAAGCCGCGCCCGCCGCGCAGCGCCACGUCAGAAGUGGGGCUGUGCGCGGCGCUAGAAGCCCUCACGCUGAGCUCUGCUUCCCGGUCGUGCAGCACGUGGGUCGCAGUGGGCGGGUCGCAGCUGCCGUCGCCGCAGCGCGCAAGUGUCCAACCCGCACAGAGACUACUCUCCGACAACAAAAAGAUUCGUCAGAACUACAUAAAGCGGCGGCUGCUGACCACCUACAAGGCUCUGGAGAGGAUGUCACAGUCGGAGUUCAAUUUGGAUAAACUCGAGGCGGCGGCGGUGGCGUCGGCGCUAGCGUCUGGCGGCGGCGCGGGGCCCACCGUGCUGGCCGUGCCCGCCGCGCCCACCGUGCCCACCGUGCCCAACGUGCCCAACGUGCCCACCGUGCACACGCGCUUCGUGCAUCCCGAAGCAUGCGCCCUCGCGCUGACGGCGGCGGACCUGGAGCGCGAGCGCGGCCGCCCGCUCAGCAAGUACGAGAGGAACAUGAUGAUCUUCAACUGGCUUCACACCCUGGACGACCAGGCACCUUUCUAGGCUUCCCAGUAACUCAAACCUAUAUUGAUCAACUAAGCGCAACAAAAAUAAGGAGUUUCGCUAUAAAAUGACCCGUUUUCAUUGUAAAAUGCGUUAAAGUAAAAAAAAGUAGGAAAAGGGCCAAAAUCCCCUCCCUCAAGAAGUAUGAAAGAAAUAUCAUGAUAUUCAAUUGGCUUCACACCCUGCACGACAAGGCACAUUUCUAGGCUUCUUAGUACCUGAAGCCAAUUUUGGUCAAAUUAGAGAAGAAAUUUCGCUACAAAAUGACCCGUUUUCAUUGCAAAGUUCGUUACAGUAAAAAUUAGUAGGAAAAGGGGCUAAGCCCCCUAACCUCCUACAGGAAGUACGAGAGGAAUAUAAUGAUAUUCAACUGGCUUCACACCCUGGACGACCAGGCACCUUUCUAGGCUUCCUAGUAACUAAACCAUAUAUUGGUCAAGUAAGAGAAAUAAAAAUAAGGAAUUUCGCUACAAAAUUACCCGUUUCCAUUGUAAAAUGUGUUAGAGUAAAAAUAAGUAGGAUAAGGGGCAAAGCCCCCUAAACUCCUUCAGGAAGUACGAGAGGAAUAUAAUGAUCACCAACUGACUGCAUACCCUGGUCGACCAGGCAGUCUAGGCAUCUUUUUAGGUCUCCUAGAAACGUUCUAGGCAACUCAGAAAAAAAUACGAGUUGCUUUGUUGAAAUGUCCCUAAAAAUAACCCCUUUUGCGUCGCGAAUUGCGUUUGAGUGUCACCAACCUGCCACGUCCCAUAAUCGGCACGACGUAAAUGCAGUAAAUAGAAGUUUCCUGCUAUUAUUACCAUCUAUUACAUAAGCAUGUUGUAGUAAUAAAUAAGUAGGGAUAGGGGCAAAGCCCCUAGUUUCCUGUCCUUAAUAAAAACGAACGAAAUAUGUGACAUUAUACAACACCUACAUAAUACUUAACACAAAAAGGGGCGACGCCCCUUAGCGUCCUUGAGCAAGACAAACACAAUAUGAUGAAUUGAUUAUAUUUUUCUGCGAGAAAAUGUAAUAAUAGUACAUUACGAUUUAUAGGCCCGUGAAAUCUAAGGAGGUACAUUACGAUACAAGUGCGAAAAAUAGGAAAUUCAAAGCGAGUGGCGAUAAAUUAAAACACGACCGAAAUUAAAACAGGGAGUGUUUUAAAUCGACACGAGUUGCGAAUUACCUAUUCGCACAAGUAUCGUACGUUUUACAGUACAUAUGGCCCUUUAAAUGUUCGACACAGUAACGUAAUAUGCUAAUUUACGCACUAGUGCGAAAAAAUAGCACCAUAUGUACUGUAAAAUAACUAACAUAAUACGUUAUAAACAUAUUUAGAGAAAGGGAGCGAUGCCCCACAGCCUCCUUGAGUGAAUACAAAACUUAAUUGGAAUAUUAUCUUAUUAAUAUUAUCAAUAUGUGAAAGUGUUGUGUGAUUGUUAAACGAUAAUUUGUGUCCCUGAAUACAUCCAUUGAGGAUGUGCAACGCGGGUUGCAAUGUAGUACGAGGAAAACGAGUACUUAGUGGAAGGAGGUUGCUACAAAUAUAAAUGGUACCGAAAAGGAAGUCUUCACAUGGAAUAAAUAAAUUUUCCAUUUAGGAAAUGGAAACUUCUGUUCCCCAUAUAAAUUUAUGAAAAUGUUCUGAAAUUAUACUAUGUA